ACAGACUGUGAGAAGCUAAUGCAUAGUCAGUUGCCAUGCACAUAACCAUAGUUGCUCUUACAAGAACUUAAGUGAGGUUCUGGAAAAGAGGAAGAGAAAGCCGUACUAGACUUUGCUCCCUCAUUACUUCCUUGUGGUGACUUUUACUGUUUAAAGCAAAUAGCUAUGCUAAUACCGAUAUGGGUGUAACUGCAGCUGCAACACAAGAACAAACUUCCUCUUGUAAUGUGGCCUGGUCUGAGGAGAAUCUAGCUUUAAAUUCAUAUAUUCUGGCCUGCUAGGAGGCUGGGUGCUAGAAACUUUACAUGCGCAAACCUGUGCAGCCAUAGGAAGCACAACUGGUGGAAAGCCGUGGCAGCAACUUGUGUUUGGAAUAGAGAACAGCUAACAUGAAGGACUCUAUGACUUUUGAGGAACAGGUGGAGCAGAUUGCAGAAGCAUUGCUUGCUGACUUCCCGGGGCAAACAUCACAAACUGAAUUUCGUGGCCUAAGUAACCAGUGUGCAAGUGUGUGUCUUCAAGGCCCAAAGCCUUCCCUGUUGGCCAGUGCUACCAGUGAGACAAGAGAUGAAGUCCAGCAAAGUCAAUGUCAGAUCUUACGCUUUCAGGGUGAAGGUAGUGCUGCAAGCCCUUUUGACCCAGCUGCUAUUGCCAAUACCCUGAGGCACCUAGGAGAUCAGUUUAAUGCAGACUUCGAGAGACCAGCGCAGGAGGUCAUAGAGGCAGAGGGAAGGAAAUUCAAAGAAAAUGUCGAGACUCUCAGCAAGACCUGGACAAUUCAGAAUCCUGAGCUGGAAUAUGAAAAAGCUUUCCUACUUGUCGCUGUAAAGCUGUUUAUAUACAUUGCAAAGAAAGCUCAUGAUGUAGCCCAGCCGCGCUUACUCACAGAGGCAAUCAACGCAGCUCCGGAAGUGCAACACUAUGUUGAAAGGCAAGGAGGCUGGGAGAACCUUGAAAACAGAAGAGGACAAAAUAAUCCCUAAUAUACCACUUUUAAUAAAAUAUGCCUAGCUCUGCUUUGCUACUCCAAGAGAAAUGGAGCUGGAAAACUUUCCUGCAGUAGAAUUGCACACAACCUGCCUUUGUUUUGUUUUGUUUUUUUAAUUUAAAACACCGAAUAAAAUAA